GAGUGAAAAUGCAUGAAGUUUGUGAUUAUUUUGUGGCCUAAAAGAUAAGGGGCAAAAUCGACUCACAACUUAUUUUAAGCAUUGAAAGGCUACUCUCCGAAGAACCUAAAAUGGAUCAGUAUGUAAGAGUAACCGAAGAUGAGUCUCUUCCUGCCAUAGAGCUUCCCACUGAAACAGACGGCGCCAUUUUGCUGUCGACAUUACAAGCGCAAUUUCCCGGUGCUUGUGGGUUGAGAUAUAAAAAUCCCGAGACAGACAGCUGGCGAGGAAUCCGCUUGGUCAAUAACAUGUUGUGCCCUCCUGCAGAAGAUGGAUGGGGCGAUCAUCUGUACGUUGUAGUACAGAAAAAUGGUGAGAAAAUAUAAAUCAACGUCAUGCAUUCUACGAAGGCUCUACAUAUCAGUGUUCAUUUAAAUGGUCAAAAUGCAAAGUUUGGGUAAGAUUUCAGCAAAGCCUCAUGCAUUUAGUAUGCAUACAUGUUUCCGCUCUAUUAAAUUCAUAUGUGAGAAAUAGCAUGAGCUAUGAGAUUGCUGCAUGAUGAGCUGUGCGCAAAUCUUAUCCCAACAUAGUCCUCCUGAGUUCAUGUACAAAGGAGGAAUUUAAACACAGGUAUACCACCCUCAAAGGAUUAACGGGGAGGGGGAGGGGAAAAAAGGAAACACUUGCCUGUCUACCUCACAAUUCUGAAAAAUGCCUUUGCCCUCUAAUGCAGCUUCUGAUUGGUGCUGGUCAGUCAACGCAGGUAUGUUUUGUUUAUGUGUAUUGCAGAUAAAUAUGCUUUGGACUGAUACUUAUUUGGAUCAUGCUUGAGGGAAGUUUUAGCAGAUCUGGCCUGAUGCCUAAGUGAUCUGACAGUCAGACCUUUGGGGAUGCUGUGAUGUGACAACAGAGUUUAUCACUAGACUAGAAAAAAAAACAUUCGACUGCAAUAAAUUAUUACAGUUCAGUGGUUUUGAAAUGCUGUUGCCAUUAAAUGGUUUUAAUUUUCUUGUGUAGCAAUAAACUCUGAGAGGAUCUUGUGUUUUUUAUUAAUCACUCAUGUGGGAUUACAGAGUCAGACUUACCAUCAUAGACCAAUUUGGACGCCACUCAGUCAUAUCGCCAUUAUUGAUUCAAUUAAUUUAAUCUUCACUUUGCAAUGUUAGACAGUACAACUAAGCGAAAGAUAGAAGAAUCACCCAAUGCUGUAAAAGAGCCGGAGUCCAAAAUGACAAAGAUGUCUGCUACAGAAGAGAACUCAGGGGAUCUAAUUGUCUUAGGACUUCCCUGGAAGACAACAUCAGAGGAAAUGAAGGAGUAUUUCCAAAAAUUUGGUGCAGUAAACAUGGCAGAGGUAACCACAAUAUAAUAAAAAGUAGAAGUUUUGUUAACUUUCGAUGUAGACAUUUGUGAAGAAAACUUUAUCUAAAUGGCACUGUCUAGCAUCCUGUGUUUAGCUUCAAAUUUUUAAUUGAGAUACUGUGUCUACUCAUUUCCUGAGGAGAAAAGAAAGUAGGAGGAAGAAGUCAAGAGGGCAGUGACAACUUUAAAGCCAAAUAGAGUUUUAAAAUUUUGCCUUCUGUGCAUGCUCAAGCCUUAGAAGCUUUAAAUUAGCUUCAAACUCAAAAGAACACGUUGGGUAGUCAUCGUUUUGGCCAGAUACUGACCAGAAAAUGGCUCAGUUGUGAGGGUCAAGAGGGCUUAGAAGAAAGGGAGAGUUAAUUACCCUUAACAUUCUUCCUUUUAAAAAGGGUGGGGAAGGUCCUCUUAGAGAGGGGGAGAGGUUUUGUAUUAUUGUUGUGCUUUUUCUUUGUCAGGUAAAAAUGGAUUACCACAGUGGAAAGUCAAGAGGAUUUGGGUUUGUAAACUUCAAGAGUCCUGAAGUAAGGCAGAAAGUUUUGUCUCAGGUCCACUACAUUCAAGGCCGUAAUUGUCAUGUGCGGGAGCCGGGAAGUAAGGUAAGUACCAGGCCUCGUCUUGGAUUGGUUUUUGUAUUAUUUUGUUUAUUAUUUAAUACAGUAGGAGUGACAAUGAUAAUUUGUAACUGGAUCAGUAUCAGUUGCAUUGGUGACAAUAUUAAGUUUGUGUUCGUAUCAGUAUCAAAAGCAUUAAUAAUUUGUAUUUGUAUUAGAAUUAGUGAUAUCGAUAAUUUGCACCUCAAUCAGUAUCAGUGAUCGGUAAUAAUAAUAUUUGUGUUUGUAUCAGUAGUAAUGGCAUUGACAAUUUACAUUUGUAUCAGUAUCAGUGACAUUGAUAAUUUUUUGUAUCAGCAUCAAAUUAUGCAGAGCUCAAAUAUUUAACCCUUUAAGCCUCAAGUCUGAUCUCCGUCCUUAAAGAAUAAUAUGAGAGAAUUUGUUAAAAGAUCAAAUCCUUUUCCAUUUUGAUUAUUGUAUCAAUUCUCAUAACUCAAUCUUUUAAUUAUAUUUGUAUUGUGUUAGAGGGAAAGUGAUGCUAGCCACUCUUGGAACUUAAAAGGUUAAAGAUGUUAUGCAUAAAGAACAUUUAAUCAUCCAAGACAAAUAAUGCUCAGCUACAGAGAGUAUCCUUCCCUUUUAACAACAAGUUUCUUGGGUUAGACUCUUUACUCAACCUGAAAAACCUGAAAUUAUAUACUAAAGGUUAACAAAACAACAACCUCCCUUCCUUGUAAAGAUCCUUUUAAAUUAAUUUGUAAAAUUUCUACUUUGGGGGACAGAAAAUGAAAAUUUUUAUUUUGAUGCUGCAAAUAAUAUAGAAAAUAUGAACAAAACUUUAUUAUUAGCUUUACAAAUUAUUUAUCGUUCUUUUCCUUUUCCUCAGCAUGAGGUCAUGCCAAAGAAACUGUUUGUUGGACGUCUUCCAGAUGGCACCACAGAGAAUGACCUUUAUGAGUAUUUUAGCAAGUUUGGUGAAGUGAUUGACGUCUAUAUUCCAAAACCCAUGCGUGGAAUCUCAUUUGUGACAUUUUCAUCAGGGGAAGUUGCUAAAAAGGUUCAUUCACAAUCUCACCGCUUUGGUACAAAUCUGCUGAAUGUGAGCGUCGCGGAGCCAAAGGCAGCAAAAAAUGUGCCAGUGACAUCACAUCAAGACAUGCACCCCAUGCACUCCUCUGGGGGUUGGGGUGGGGGGUUGGGAUUUGACAUGUAUGGGAUGAAUUCCUGGAGUGAUGGAGGCCGUCAGAAUAUGCCAUUCAAUGUUUCAGCGGCAUACAACUCCAUGAUGCAGAGCAUGUUAAACAUGGGAAAUCCAUCAAGCGGGUCGUCAAGCAUGAUGGCAUCCAGACAUAACAGGAGAUAAACUCAAGUGGUAGGACUUCAACAGUGUUUUGUGGAUUAGAACUCUCAGUGAGUUUGCAAACAUGUUAUUUUUAAUUUAUUUUGGUCAUUGAUCUCAGGUUAGACUUUACAGUAAAACAGGAUAAUGAUAUUAUCUUUAGAUUUGAUCUCGCUAAUACACUGUGCACAGGUGUAUGCUUGAAUUCUUGUUAUGCUAGGGAGAAAACAGCCAUAGACAACUCCUCUAACCACUUUUAUCGGCUGCCCUGUCAAAAUGUAGAAAGCAAACAUUCUGGUACCCCCAAAACGAACUUUAUUAAGUACUGGCAUUCAGAUUUAAUGUUAAAGAAGUUGAAGACAUUUUACUAACAGUGAACCCUAGCUGAAAUAAGCAUGAAACACGUAAUAAUAAUAUUUAUGGCAUGUAGCUGAGUGAGGUGUGAAAACACAGAAAACUGACACUGUUCAACUAGAAUAUUUUAACAUUUUGAAUGGUUGCAUGAUGGUUGAGACUGCAUUAUUACGAGACUCUUACCAUGAACUUUUGAUCAACUGUUUUGACUUUCUUUUGUACAACAAACCUGUCCUUGUAAACUUAGCUAAAUACCAUUCUAAUGGAAAGCUUCAAAAAUUAAAAUUAAUACAGUAGUGUGUAGUAUGCUGAUUAAUCUGGUU